AUGGCCUCAUAUGCCGUGCCCUCCGACGGCGUGCUGCCCUUCCACCCGCAACCAGCUACAUCAUUCAAUAACAAACAACGAGGCCAAAAGCACACUUGGAAGGGGAAAAAUCUCCAGCAGCACCCAUACGCUGGUAAUACCGAUGGCCCGCGCAAAAACUCGCAACCGCCAUCCUGUUUUAAUUGUGGUUCCCAGGAACAUGGGGUUCAGCAAUGCCCAGAACCCCACCAUGAAUUCCCUGCUAUGAAGCAUGGUCGCGCUCCCAAAAGACAGAAAACUACAGGUUCACAUAUCUCCUCCUACGCGGGCGAUCCGAAUUACAACCACUCGCACCGAGCCCCUCAAAGGGGCUAUACGCAUCCACCCGUGGCCCAGUCAGGAUAUCAACCUGCUCCAAUGACAGGUACACCAUAUGGCCCUCCGACCCCCUUAUCUGCGCACCCUCAUUCAGCUGGUCCCUGGCCUCAAGAACACCCACCCCUACAUUACAAUUCACCCCAGUCUUACGGAUUGCCAAGUCCCAUGAGUGGCUACGGACCGCAGUUCACGAGUCCAUCAACUACUAUCCCAUCCCACCAAGGUUAUUUCCCACCUCAUUACCCACCUCAGUAUGGAGAGCACGAAUAUCGUCGGAAAUCCUUCGACCCUCAUCAGCAGAUUCUCUCACAGGCGGGGAGUAAUCGUCAAUCAAGAAAAAAAUGGCGUCGUUCGGAUAAUGUACCCGCAAUCGCUCCUCCAAUAGAACCUUGGAUGGAGGAAUUGCAGUCCCUUGACACCCCAGACAGUAGUUCAAAUCACAGCGAAAUUGUCUGGAGGCCAGCCGUCCAAGUCGCGCGCCCACUUCCCUCAACCUUUGAUGAGCGCGAUGAUGUGGGAAUGCUCCCGCCAUUCACGUCGCUACCACCCGGCAUGUCUGUUUCGAAAUAUAUCCUGGACAAGGGACCUGAAGAGUUUGUCUCCAAUAUCAGGAACACCGAAGAUUGGCCAUUUAUGAUGUCAGAUCCUAUCUUCCUGGAGAUUCCAAUAGAAUGUGAACUUAUCCCAAUCCAUGAGCUCAUCGCCCGUCGCAAACUGGUAUAUGAAACGCAUCGGAUUGAGCCGCCUCCAGUGGAGGAGAAGAACGAUGACGCCAACGAAGUGAACGAAUCUCCCGAGGAAUACGGAUCCGAUGAUGCCGAAGAGGAAGAUAGAUAUCAAGAGGGGGAAGCCUCCAUUAUUAAUUCUAAUGAAGGCAGUUAUGAUCAAGCUACGAGUAGGAGUCAUUCCCGCGAAUGUUCUCCCUCCCCAUCGUACACUUCAAAGAUAAACGAUAGAGACGAUAUAUCUUCUCCGGAGGUGGCAGAUCAUCCAACCUCCCCUAUUUCGAGGAUAGAUGAUGGUUACCAUGACUCUCAUGAUCGUCAAAACUUUAAUCAAACAUACGCAAUAAAACCCGGGAGGGGUCGGUCGAAUGACAAGCGACGGGGGAAUCAAAGAAACCAGCGUGAUCGGAGGCAACAGAUGGAAGGCCCAAACCGUAAACCUGGCCAACAAGAAGGCAGGCGUAAUGUUCCUUUUGAUCGCCGAGGUGGUCGUGGUAGCCACUUUAAUUCCCAGGAUCGACGAAAGCCAAAACCGCAGCAAUUUAAGGGGACAAAUAAACCAAAGCCGAAGAAAGGAUUGAAUAACCGUGGACACCCACAAAGCCACGAUAAUGCUGGGGUCCGUAACCAUAAAGCCAGUGAUAACAAAUUUGGACUAGACGGCAAUGCCGACCUCGAUCCCACUAACAAUCCAAAUGAGCAUCAGCGUUCCCAAGACAAUGCUGACAUCCAAAAAAUACAACACGAACCCCAUAGCCGUCACGGCCAAUCUGAAGCUGAACAUACCUCUCGCAAGAGAAGCAGGCAAGAUGAAUCUCCUGAAAGACCUGAAGAACCCAGACGCCAGGAAGAUGACAUUACCCCAAAACUGAAGCGACGGCAGCCUCAUGUCGCUGAGGCCUACAGUCGUCGAUGGUGA